AAAGAUCCAUGGAGACUCACCAGAGAUGUGGCCAGGCUCAUGCUAGGAGCAGAAAGAGCCUUCUCUUGGGUCUGAUUUAAGUUCCCACAGGGAACCAGUAAUGAAAGACAAAGGACAGCGAAGAGAGCCAUAGGCCCUCCUGAUGUGGAACCCGUGGCCGUUUCCCUUUUCUUCUCUGCCUCACUCUUUAGGUGGCAUGGUGCCAAACCAUAUGUUCUAUUUUUCAUUAGUGGUUUUUCAAAAAGCUGUACACAUCCAACAGAAGGUUACUACAGUUAUUAUCAUCCGGUAUCCCAGAGGUUCUAAGAUGCCUUUCGUCUUUCCCAGAACCUCCCCUUUCCUACUCAGGACUAAUUACAAAACUGUUUUUUUUCUAGAACGGAGCCAUUUCCCGCAUUUCAAGCAGCCGGUCGUUUUAUUCAGUAACCGCAUUCUUAUGCAGUGCUCCACAAAAAGCCUAGGGGUAAAGGAGAGGGGAUGAUUAACUUAGAGAUGUGAGCUCCAGAUGAUUUAGAGAUUCUGAACAGUAUGGGGAACUGAGGGCGGCUGCAAGGCUGGUGCUCAGGAUGAGGAUAUUCUGGUCGCGGGCGACUAAUUAAUUGUUGAAUAAAACCAAUAAAAAUACCGUUUUAGGGACUGCGGAGAGUUGCCUCCCAGAUCCAGUCAGGAACGAGUCCGUACAAAUACACAUCACAGCCCAGAACUAGAGGCCAGAACACUGGGAUGGGGGAAAGGAGGGGGUGGGCUUCCCAGGAGGAGGAAAAAGAGGCCAGUGAGGUGGCAGGGCUGACAGCAGCGACAGGCAGAUGGCUCUUCUUCAGGCCAAUAAGGAUCUCAUUUCUACAGGAAUGAAGGAAUUUAGUGUUCUGCUGAAUCAGCAGGUCUUCCCUAAUCCUCCUAUCCCUGCAGAAGCCAUGGUGACUAUGGUGGAUGACUGGGUGAACUUCUACAUCAACUAUUACAGGAAGCAGAUGGUGGGGGAGCAGCAAGAGCAGGAGAGGGCUCUACAGGAACUUCAGCAAGAGCUAAAUACUCUGUCCGCCCCUUUCCUGGCCAAGUAUAGGGCAUUCCUGAAGAACGUUUGAGCACCUAAAUCACCCACUGCCUUUCUCCUAGCCCAAAUAACCAGACCUGCAUUAAAUCCUGCCUCUGUGUUAUUCAAGUGCUCAGGCUCUGCUCCUUCAUAUUAUUACUCUACCCUGACACCUCAAUAAAGACCAAAUUGGU